UAGUUGCUUAGUUGGUUAUUGUGGUGGUUGGUUUUAAAUGACGAGCUGGUAUAUGGUGACUUGGAUUGUUGUCUGAUGUUGCGUUUUGGUUUUACCUGUUUGGUCUACAUUUUCUCAUUUAUAACAUUAUCUUGCUUAUAAAAAUAAAAAAUGUACACCCUACAUUCUUCUCUCCUCUCUCCUCUCUACUUCAAGCACAGUACACACACCCAUGGAGGAUGCCAUAGUUCUUUAUCCUUCUCCGGCCAUUGGCCACCUGAUCUCCAUGGUGGAGCUGGGAAAGCUUAUACUCAGCCAAAACCCUUCCUUCUCCAUCGAAAUCCUCAUCGCCACCGCACCUUACAACACUGGCUCCACCACUCCUUACAUCAACCGUGUAUCCGCUACCACUCCCAUCAACUUCCACCACCUCCCCACAGUUUCUCUCCCUCUCCAAUCCUCCUCUCCUCACCACGAAACUCUCGCCUUCGAUUUCCUCCGCCUCAACAACCCUCAUGUCCACCAAGCCCUCCUAUCCAUCUCCCAGAAUUUUACUGUCCAUGCCCUUAUCAUAGACGGGUUUUGUACCCCAGCUAUGUCUGUUGCAGCAGACCUCAAAAUCCCUGUUUAUUAUUUCCAAACUUCUGGUGCCUAUUGCCUUGCUACCUUCAUUUACCUGCCCACAAUCCAUCGAAACACAACCAAAAGUUUCAAAGAUCUGAACAACACUUAUCUUGAAAUCCCAGGGGUGCCACCAAUACUAGCCACUGACAUGCCAAAGCCGAUACUCGAUCGAACUGAGAAGGCCUAUGAAAAUGUUCUGAAUACAUCUAUCCACAUGCCAAAAUCAGCUGGAAUCAUUGUAAACACAUUUGAAUCACUUGAGUCUAGAGUCAUCAAAACAAUAUCGGAAGGCCUUUGUGUUACUGAUGGACCUACACCAACAAUUUAUUGCAUAGGACCGUUGAUUGCAACCUAUGACGGAGCUGGUGGUGGCGAUGGUGGCAAGCAUGAGUGUUUGAUGUGGCUCGACUCCCAACCGAGCCGAAGCGUAGUGUUUCUUUGUUUUGGUAGCUUAGGUUUGUUUUCAAAAGAGCAGCUGAAGGAGAUUGCAAUUGGGCUGGAGAGAAGUGGGCAUAGGUUCAUGUGGGUGGUGCGUAGUCCGCCUUCGGAGGACCAAAGCAGGCGUUUCUUGGCACCACCCGAGCCCGAUUUGGACUCCUUACUUCCUAAUGGCUUCUUGGAGGGGACAAGAGGGAGAGGGCUAGUAGUGAAGUCAUGGGCUCCCCAGGUGGCUGUGCUGAGUCAUGACUCGGUGGGCGGGUUCGUCACUCACUGCGGGUGGAAUUCUGUGCUGGAAGCGGUGUGUGCGGGACAACCAAUGGUGGCGUGGCCACUUUAUGCGGAGCAGAGGAUCAAUAGGGUGUUGUUGGUGGAGGAACUGAAGCUGGCCUUGCCGAUGACCGAAUCUGACUAUGGGUUUGUGAGUGCGGCCGAGGUGGAAAAGCGAGUCAGAGAGUUGAUGGACUCGGAGGAAGGGAAGUUGAUUAGGAAUCAAGCGGAGGCAAAGAGAAAGGAGGCGAGGGCUGCAAUGAGCGAAGGCGGGUCCUCACGUGCUGCAUUGGCUGAGUUGGUUCGGAAUUGGAAGGGCAGUAUGAGUUAACUCACACCUAGCCUUCACGGUUUGGUUGACCAUUGGUGAUCUGUAAUAAGUAAGGGUGCAUAACGGCCCGGGCCGGGCUGGCCCAGUCCCCGUUCUUGGGAGCCCUGGCCCGAGCCCGCAGGCUUUAAUUUUUAAUGGGCCGGGCCUAAAUGCAUUUUAGAGAUCCCAAGCCCGGCCCUUGGACUUGACAAGACGGGUGGGCUACUGGUUUAAAACGGGCUGGGCUACAGGCUUUUUAUUAUUAUUUUUUUUUUUUUGUAAAGUAAUCCAUUAUGCUACUGUUGCAUGAAUUUGAUAUGAAACACUCCACUAUAAAACAUAAGUCUACAAACCUUACUUUGUUUACUUGGACUUUAAAACUUAAUCAUGAAAAUUUAAAACAAUAAACUUAAGUCUUAUGUAAAAUCCUGUUACUUGAGUCUUAGAAAUUUUAAAACAGUUAACUUAUGUUCCAAAGACCAAACUAACUGAUGUUUGAAUCCAGUAAAAGAAUAUGGGCCAUGAAUAAAAAAUAAAAAAAAAAUGUU